AUGAGACCUCACUGCCACCAGCUACUUUGCUUGCUUAAUCUGAAGUGGAAGGAUGGCCAAGCGAUUCCCAGUCGGAAGGGAGAUCUGGUAGCCGUGGAGGCACCACAGCCGCAAACAUCUCUACUCACUCGUCACCUCUCUCUCCCAGUCACUCUCUCCGGCCGUCCGGCACCUCUAGCCUCUCGACAUAGUAGACAAUCGCUUCUUCGCGCCUCGAUGCCGCACCUCCGAAGUCCGACAAAAGCUCCGGCCACUCAUAGCCUUGCCUCGACGGUCCGCCUCACCUCCGAGGCUCCGGCACAAAGGUUCGACGCCCCGCCUCCUACCCGACGCCAAUUUUGGAUAGUAUUGACGUCGACAUCAUUGUUUCUUGCUCGAGAUGGGCGCGUGGAGAUUUGUUUGGAGCAGUGCUCGGUAGUUCCGUGGUCUUCGACGUGGGCGACUUUGUGUGGGUUGCUUCUCUUCCGGGCGAUAGACUCGGGCCUUAUGAGCUCGUCAAAUGUCUUGGCAAUUCCAACGGAAACUAGUUCUGUUGAAGCCCAAAGUUGCAUGGGUCGCAACCCGUGCGAGAUUGAAAAUCGAAGUGGUGGACCUUCCGGUGGUCUUUAUUUCCAGAAUUUAGCUUGGGAUGAUAACAAGACAGUCGAGCCAAGGACAGGUGUCGAGUUCCCGACCAUGUUGGGGGACUUCAUGUCCGUAGAAAGUAAUUCCAGUUUCACUCCUGAGGUACUUGUGGGAACUGGUUCAAGAACAAUGACAAUUAUAAGAAUCAAAACUCUGAAAGUCUAUGCAUUUGCUUUCUAUGUUCACCCAUUUGACGUGUGUGAGAAAUUGGGCUCGAAGUAUGCCUGCAUUCCAGAAGAUGAAUUGAACAAGUGCCAAGAUUUUUAUCGAGAUCUUCUUAGGGAGGAUAUCAACAUGACUAUUAGGCUUGUGAUUAAUUGCAACGGUAUCAAAAUUAAUACUAUGAAAGAUGUUUUCAUAGGCCUUCUCCUGACAAAUUGUCACUAUUUGCAGACAAAUCCUCAUGCUGAUUUUAGCUGCCUGCAAACUUUCGGUUCCAUCUUCUCACAGGACAUUCCCUUACACGUGGGUACAACAAUUAACUUCCGGCGUGCAGCUGACGGACAUCUAAUUACUGAAGUUGGAGGAAAAAAUAUUGGAGCUGUCCACAGCAAAGAUUUAUGUA